UGUCGCUAGUUCUGCAGGGGGGCGGAGGAAAGUCACGUGACUCGGAGGGGGUCUUCCUGUCAGACGGAACGGGGCGCCAUUUUGAAUUGUGUGAGGUUGAGAAGAUAAAUUGGCAAUGGCGACCGCUCAGAUACAGCGCAGUAAUGUGAAGAGUACAGUGACUCUACCCAAUCGCAUAGCUACCGAGCAACAGUCAUUGGUUCUGAUGAAGAGGCUGCUGGCUGUUUCUGUUUCCUGUAUUACUUACCUGAGGGGGUUGUUUCCAGAAUAUGCCUAUGGAACCAGAUAUCUAGAAGAUAUAUGUGUGAAAAUCCUGCGGGAAGAUAAAAGCUGUCCCGGCUCGACUCAGCUUGUGAAAUGGAUGCUGGGAUGCUACGAUGCAUUGCAAAGAAAAUAUCUCAGGAUGGUGGUAUUGGCAAUAUAUACCAAUAUAGAUGAUCCUCAGACUAUAACAGAAUGUUACCAGUUUAAGUUUAAAUAUACUCCUACUGGGGCCGUUAUGGAUUUCUCAAGCGGCAAAGGCAGUUCUAUAUCUGCCAGCUCAGAUGUGAAGAAGGCCAGUGUCCUGCUCGUCCGUAAACUCUAUGUCCUUAUGCAGAAUCUGGGCCCCCUGCCAAAUGAUGUCUGCUUAACCAUGAAGCUGUUUUAUUACGAUGAAGUUACUCCAGCGGAGUACCAGCCUCCAGGCUUCAAAGAAGGAAGCUGCGAUGGCAUACUGUUCGAAGGGGAACCCAUGUACCUCAGUGUUGGUGAGGUAGCCACGCCUUUUCACGCUCUAAAAGUCAGGGUCACUACAGAAAAAGAAAGAAUGGAGAACGUUGGAAAAAGCAUAUUGAAGGAGUCAGAGAAUAAAACGCCUACACAAGCUAUCAAGCUGGAUAUUGAUGAAGCACAGCUCCCUGAUUGUACUCUCAGUGAUGAGCAGCUGCGUGAUCAUCAAGCUGAUGUACUGAAGAAGGACGUUUCAUCUUUGCGUGUGGAAGAUCUCAGUCUCGGUUCUCAGGAGGAUGAUAUGAUGAAAACUGAUCAUUGUAUUAAUCAGCCCUUGCAGCUUGCCAAUAGUAGCUCAAUUACCACUGAGCGCAGAACCAGAAGUGGACGGAUCAUUUCAGCAAAGAAUCCACCACCAGAUGAUAAAAUCCAGGCCAACAACUCCAGAGCAGGCAAGAAGAGACAAGCUAGCAAACAGAGCCAACCUUUUGAUGUCUCCAGUAGCCAAGAAGGUUCUACAAGAACAAAGAAAAGGAAGUUCAGUGAACCAGAAGAUCCCAUUUAAAUCAUUUUACAGUUUAUCCAUCUCAGCCCUAAAAUGAAAUGUUAGAUUUCCCUCUUAAUUUUUAUUAAAUUACAAGUUUAGGCACAAAGUUCAUACAUCGGAGGGUGCGAUAAAUUUAAACACAAUUGUCUCCAAUGCUCCUGAUCUGUAAAUCUGCAUCUUGAGGCCGGGUUCACACAUAUGCGGCCGCGGGUUCGUGCUUGCGGCCCAGUGCGUGUCUGUUCACUGGUUCCGGUGCGAUUCAGGUCUGAAUUUUCGUCUGAAUUCGCACCUAAACAGGACCCAAACACCCUUUUUCAAUCUGGACCAUGGCCGCCCUGGACAUGUGUUAACCGGCUCCAUUAGGAGCCAGUCAUACUUGCCUGUCUAAUGCGAAUUGGAUGCGGAGAAAACUACAUCCAAUUUGCAUAUGUGUGAAUCCUGCCUCAACGCACCCUACUACCAAUUAAUCCUUGAUUGUUUUUUAAAUUAGGCUCAAAAUCGUCUCUCAGUGCCUUAGAUAUCUGUUGGAAUUUUGCCAACAACAGAGACAGCGCUGCAGAGCAACAAGCAGAGAGCGCACAAGUUCUAUGAAUCGGCACUUCAA